AUUUAUUUAUUUAUCAUUGUUAUAUACGUAUUUUUCUCCUUUUACUGGUGUGUUUAUGAUUGUUCCUGUGUAUCUAGGUAUCCAUUAUAAGCGUCAAAAUAAUUUAGUACUAAAUAAAUAGCAGCAGCUCUAAGAAUAAGAAAUAAAAAAAAAUAAAAAAAAUAGAUAUUCCUAAUAUACUAGGAACAGUAUACGUAGAUUAAUAUAUACAUGCUAAUGAAGUUAGUCGACGUCACAGCUAUUUAAUAGUUUCACUUGUGAUGUUUCAUCUAAAAUCCAGUUUCAAAGUAUUCCAUGGGAAGACAUAAUGAGGAAUGAAGCCGAAAUCUUAUCGUUGUCAGAUUCCAAGCCUUCUUAACCAUUUCCCUUCCCACCUCUUUAGAACAAUUCAACCAGAUGUUUUUUUUUAAGGGAUGGCACUAUCUUAUCCAAACAAUGGUAAAUAUUAAGAAGCGGCACGCAGCCGUAUUUCCUAUUUUUUUCGGCUCCUACCCCCUGCAGUGUUGGGGAGCUAGUGGGAAAUCGGGGUUUUUGGGCGGGGAGAGCUGAAAUAGAGCCAAGUACUGCCUCUUACAACCAAAAAUAAAUAGGAAUCUGCCUACUACUGAUACGGCUCUGUUUCAUAUUUAUCGGUUUAGUUGAGUUAGGUUUAGCUGGGUUAGGUUUAGUUAGGUUUGGAUGCUAACAGCAAGAACAAGAUCAAGAACAUAGCGUGCCAGGUGUAUGAACAAUUAGGAUAGAGGAUGCUGUUCGUUUCUCUUUUUUUUCCCCCUUUCUACAGGAGUUGCCGAUCCAAAGGCCUGACUCAAGAGUGAUCCUGUGCCACCUGUACCAUCAAGAUCAAGAUCAAGAUCCUGCCUAGACUGUGGCGAGCUUCAAAGUUUGUUGGAUGUAGUGGAUGGCUAUGGUAAAGACUUUGGAGUAAGGUUUAGCAGUGAGAAAAGCAAAGUAAUGAUUGUGAAUAGGUCAGAGGAUGAAAGUAAUGUGGUAUGGAGACUUGGAGAGAAUGAGUUGAGACAGGUGCAAGAAUACAAGUACUUAGGGAUGUGGAUGAGUCCUAGUGGGUGCGCAAAGGCAAAGAAUGAAAAGAUAAGUAUGGUAAACCAGUGGGUAGGUCGAUUGGGAAGCGCGGCAGGGAUGAGAGCAAGUAAGUAUGAUGUGUUGAGAGAAGUGUGGAAGAGUGUGGCUGUGCCAUGUAUAAUGUAUGGUAUGGAUGUGAUUGCAUGGAAUGAAAGUGAAAUUGAUAAGUUAGAAGUGGGCCAGAAUAGAGUAGCAAGGAUGGCACUGAGUGCACCGAGGUGCACAGCAGUUGAAGCCUUGAGAGGUGACAUGGGAUGGAGCACCUUUAGAGAAAGACUCACAAAAGCCACACUUAGGUACAAGAUUAGGCUUGAGAGAAUGGAUAAUGCAAGAAUAGUAAGGAAGGUGUACCUGUGGAAUGAAAGUGGAAGCAAAUGGAGGAAGAGAUGCAUGAGAAUGACAGACAGGAAUGGAUUGCAAGUUGUGUGGGCGAUAAGAAUGGCUGGUAGGAAUCAAAAUGAGCGUGAAUGGGUGGUAACAAGAGGAGGCAGAGUGGGAGCCGAAUGGGAUGUGAGAAAAUGGAAGAAUGAGAUAGACAAAGAAAUGAAAUGUGUGGGACUGAAUGAAUGGAAGAAUGAAAUGGAAAGAAAGAAGACCCUGGAAUGGUACAAGGAGAAAGAGGCCCCGAGGUAUGAAAGGUGGUAUGAUGGAAGCUUGGGCGGUGAUCUUCUCUUCCGAGUGAGGGCACAGUGUAUGGAUGUGAAUGCAAGGAGUUACAGGUGGUCUGAGUCCCGCAGCAAAGUGUGCCAGAUGUGUGACAUGGGAGAGGAUGUGACGGUGGAACAUGUGGUGCUGGAGUGUGUGAAGUAUGCCAGAGACAGGAAUGAGAUGAUGCAAGUGAUACUGACUGAGUUAGGGCAUGAUAGGAAUGAAAGAGUGGAGAAGACAGGAAAGGAAUGGAUGGUGUUGUUGCUGGGACUGUGUAGAGAGGCCAAUGAAAGGAUGAUUGAGGCGGUGAAAGAGUUUCUGGAGAGAAUGUGGCGUGCCAGGUGUAUGAACAAUUAGGAUAGAGGAUGCUGUUCGUUUCUCUUUUUUUUUUUCCCCCCUUCUACAGGAGUUGCGAUCCAAAGGCCUGGCUCAGGAGUGAUCCUGUGCCACCUGUAUCAUCAAGAUCAAGAUCAAGAUAGUAGGUAGCUUCCUGUUUAUUAUUGGUGAUAAGAGGCGGUAUUUGGCUCUAUUUUAGCUUUCCGCACCCGAAAACUCCGCUUUCCCACCAGCAGCUCCCCAGCAUUGUAGCGUGUAGGAGUCGAAAAAAAAAAAAAAGGAAAUAGGGCCGUGUGCCUCUUAUUUACCCAAACAACUUUGAAGAAAAAAAAAAAAAAACAUUUCACGACGUCUAAAACUGAACUUCAUUAAUAUAUAGCUCAGAGUAACAACAUCCCUGGAUCGAGAUACAAUUAUAAUUAAAAUGAUAAUACACAAAAAAAAAAAAAAAAAUCUGAAUGUCGAUAUUUCUGUAGCUUACCUUAUCCUUGAUUAAAUGCCUUGACUGUGAGGUACACCAUUGAACAAGAUGAGUGUGUAGGUGUUGUCCUUGUUACGUCACUUCUUCUCUUUCCCUUUUUUUUUCCCUUUGAAUCUCAGCCCAGAUAAUCUAUUAAUUCUGUCGUAUUAAAAUUCUAAUGAACGGUGACAAGAUCUCCUGGCCGCUUUUUUUCCAUCUUGUGAAUAUUAAGUAGUAUUUUCUUUCCUUUAUUUCCCUUUCCGGUAACUCAAAUAUUUUCCUGUCCCUGCUUUUACUUGUUCUUAUGACCUUAAAGAGAAGUGCAUCAAGAAAUUCCUGCAAUUAACGCAACUAUUAACAGUUACAUAUCUGUGAUUCCUAUAUUUUUCUCUCUCCUAUGUUACAGCUACAUUUAAUAAUAUGUUUGGAUGUUUCGUUCUUUUUAAGCAAUUAAUGAAGUAAUAUUUUUUUUUUACAUUUAUCAUCUUGAUGGUUCAGUGAUACAGUGUUCGAUUAAUGUACUUGAUCUCGAGUCAGUGCCUCGAUAUCGCCACUUAGUGUGGCAGUGUUGUGUUGGCUCCCUAGUGGUCUGUCUGUUCUCUAUUACUGUAAGAAUAAGUGAUAAUAACGUACUAUAUCAGUAUUUAGGGGAUCUCUAUGGUGUCUUUAUGAAGCUGGUUUGUGGCAUAUGAAGUGAAGGGAAUCGCAAGACUCACAUGAAGAAAACAGCAGCACCAGCCAGGAGAGCCGCGCCGAACACUCCGCCGACAACUGAUCCCACGAUGACGCCAGUGGAGGCAGACGAGCGACCUGAGUUACAGUACUGGUGCAGUGUGUCAACGAGAUUCUUAGUUAAUCAUCAAAGGUUUGUUAUACUGAAUCCACCGAGUGUUGCAACCAAGAACUGAAACAGAGCAACUCUCGUCUUCUGUUGAAUAACGAGGCUGAGGACAGCGCUUGUUACAGUAACCAUCGUGUUGAUAUUAUUGUCUCCACUGUACAGUCGUCUCCAUACUUGAUAAAGCAGCCUUCUACCCUUAUUAUUUAGCUAAAGCGACAUGUCAUCUCGAGGGAUUUUAGUGUAGGCAGCGGUGGUGGUGGUGAGUUGAACGUGCAUUACUGAAAGAACAGCAGUGCAGACCUUGACAAGAGGAGCAAGUGAAAACAUGAUUAGAAGACGAACCUACGAAAGAAAACAAAACGUGGUCGGUUUAAAGAAGGAUGGUCGGGAGCGUGACAGCGGAGGAUGAAUGCAUCUUAAUCGACCCCGCCCCUCCUGCGGAGGAUGAACGCAACUAAUCGACCUCACUCCCCAAGAUUGUUAUGACGUUUCAUCCUCCUCGUAGCUGUGGAGAGAGCUGACUACCAUACUACUGUGUUUAAAGUACCUCGAAGAGUCUCUGGAGAGACACUCGUAAGUUUUCAAAGGGAGAAAAAAAAUAAAAUAAAUAAAUAAAAAUUUAUUAAAUUAAACAUACUUGGGAGCCUCUCGGACUCUUGCAUCACCGCUGCUCAUUAACUAGCUGGCUACACUACCGAUCAACGAGUCUGACGUAUACAGUUUGUUACAAAGUAAAAUGAUGUAUGGAUCACGAAGCCCUCAUCUCAGCAGCGUCGGUCACCAAGGCGUGCAACAACCACACACUCCAGCGCCACCAGGAACCUGCAGUGAAAAAAAUACAACAGGAUCAACAUCUUUAUCCCCCCAGUACUUUAUUGAAAUAAAUGUAGACAAGACAUUGUUUAAAAUAAAAAUUUAAUAAACUUGCAAUAAUACUCUUCCUGCCCGAAUUUGCUUCAUAUACUGUACUGUACAACAACCACACUGAUGUAAUAACUCCCUCAAGACGCCACAUACCCACAUACCUCAGCCCUGCCAACAGGGUCCCCACUGACUAUCUACAGGCUCAUCCUGAACUCAACUUCCGAACACCGACUUACAAGUUCCGCUGCAGUGCCUUACUCAUCCUAGAGCUGCUUCCAGGUAAACUCCUUUACUCGGAUUGCGUUGGCUGUCGCGCUCGCGCUGCUCUUCUCACUCGCCGCCGGUCGUGCUUCUUUUCCGUUGUCUGGGAAUCUCAAUGUAUGGUCCUGUUCUCAAAAGUUUGCGCGUCUUGUCUCCACCACUCAUUUUUAAGGUUGUUUUCCCGAUUCAUCUGGA